GGCAGUCGUACCUUGGAUCACCUAUGUUGACGGCUGUCUGAUGGAAAAGAGGUUACUGACUGUAGAUCCUAGGGUGGGGGCCAGUACCUUGGACAUGGGAUAUCAACGUUUGUUGGCGCAGCAACACCACUCCCAGAUGUCACUUCCGUCCUCCAAAGGUGCUAGAAUUAACCCUAAACGCGAAGAAAAUAAGCAAGGGACGCUACCAGUUCCAUUGAAAGGGGAUGCCGUGAGCUUUCCACGCUACCUCCGCCAGAAGACAGGAGUAAGCGAGCCAUACGCUGCAGCGAUAUUUAAGGCCAACAGGGGCCAGCAGCUACCGUUAACGAGAUUUAUUCACGUUUUACCUGACCUCACGUAUCAUAUCGAAGUGAUGAACGACCUUCUCUCGUUUCACAAGGAAGAAAUGGAGGGUGAAUCAUUCAACAUGAUUCACCUCCGGACUCAGGCCCUACGAUCUGCUUCGAGAAAGGGUAGCCAGGGUGGGUGGACGCUGAUGGACACGUUCAAUCUGCUUUGUGAUGAAGUGAGAGAAGCGACGUUUAGGAUCGAUGCAAUGUUGCGGUUGGGUGAAGUUGAAAAAAGGCUUGCAAGCGGAGAGCGUCAACGUCACGGCGAAGAGGGUGUUUGUAUGACGGUGGACGAGGCGAUAGCGAAGCAGUGGAGGGGAUUCAGAGACGGGUAUAUUUCGUGGCACCUUGAGUCGAGGAGAUACAAGUUGGAUUUCUUGAAGGCCGAAUACUGUUGAAUGCAUGUGACUACUCUGUGGCAAAAAUAUGAGGGAUAAAAUUUCAACCAUGUAUAUCACGCUAAUUACCAUUGAAUAAAUAUAAUUUGCA